AUGGAGCCACUGCCGCGCGACCGCCCUGCGGUGUCGGAGGCCGCCCCUCCCACGCAUCGUGCCCGGACGGCGCUGCUGGAGCAGUUGCGGGAUUUGCACAGGCAGGAGCAGCAGGGACAGGGAGAAGGCGGUCAUCUCGCCCCGGCGAAGAGAGGACCGCAAGCAGAGGAAGCCAAUAGCAACGAAAGCGAUAGUGAGGAUGAUUCGAAUGAUGCGGCUCCCAUGGCGGUGCGGUUCGUGCGUGCAUGUCCGCCACUCACUGACCCCACAUGGGCGAUGGAAGAGUUGCUGCGGAUAGACCCGCAUGUGGCGCUAUGGACGGGCACUGGCUUGUCGAAGGCCGUGUGGGCGCCUCCCGGGAGUGGUCACUGCCCCUUUGGGACCACGGAGGCCGACUUCGUACGCCACCGCUAA